AUUAAGAUAAAUAAAAAUAGUCAUCGCAAUCCUGUUGAAGACUGUGAGCAACUAUUUAAAUGGUUGAUGUGUCCUAUCACUGCAAAAGAAUUCUUUAAACAACAUUGGGAAACGAAUCCAAUAUAUAUAAAAAGAGAUACAGAUGAUUUUUAUAAGCUCCUUUUAUCAAUGUCUUCAUUCGAAGAAAUGUUGAGAGAUAAUAAUGUUCUAUUUACUAAAAAUCUUGACAUAACCUCCUACUCUCAUGGAGUGAAAGAGAUUCAUAAUCCUCCCGGUCGCGCAUAUCCAAGUAUUGUUUGGGACUAUUUUAGAAACAACUGCUCUAUUAGGAUGUUAAAUCCUCAAAUAUUUAUACCCAAGAUACAUGCUUUGAAUGCUACUCUGCAAGAAUUUUUUGGUUGCUUUGUUGGUGCUAAUAUAUAUCUCACGCCAGCUAAUAGCCAAGGUUUUGCUCCUCAUUAUGAUGAUGUGGAAGCAUUUAUUUUGCAAGUCGAGGGUAAAAAGAGAUGGAAACUAUAUAAGCCACUUAAACUAAGUGAACAUUUGCCACGGUAUUCCUCAAGGAAUUUUGAUGAGUCUGAGUUAGGAGAGCCAAUAUUGGAUAAGGUUAUCAAUGCUGGAGAUUUGUUGUAUCUACCACGAGGAACCAUCCAUCAAGCAAUGGCUCUCGAUACUUAUAGCUUGCACAUCACAGUAAGCGUGUAUCAGAGAAACAGUUGGUACGACUUUUUUGAAAAAUUGCUUCCACAAGCUCUAGAGCGAGCUACCAAAAAAGAUAUUUGUUUUCGUGGAGGAGUACCGAUGAAUUAUUUAUCAUAUAUCGGUCGUCAAUACGAUGACGAUUUUCGCAAAAAAUCUUUUAAAACUCAUGUUAAGAAGUUGUUCAUGAAGCUAUUGGAAUACAUUGAUGUUGACCAUGCAGCCGAUUUGAUGGCCAAAGGUCACAUCCACGAUUCUCUGCCCCCUUAUAUCUUUAUGCCAGAACGUAAGUGUACAAUACUGGAAGACGGUAGGAACCUGGGCUGUAACGGGCUGAAGCGCUAUGGGAAAAUUAAGUUUUCGACUGAGAUACGAUUGUUAAGAUUGUAUUGUAUCAGAUUAAUAAAAGAAGAUAAAGUAUAUAAAAUAUACUACUCUACCGAAAAUUCCAAAGAAUACCACGAAUAUGAGCCACAAUAUUUAGAAAUUGACAAAGAAUUUGUCCCUGCGAUUAAACAAAUAAUAGAAGCGUAUCCUGAUUUUAUACUUGUGAAGGAUUUGAAAAUCGAAGAUGCUAACAUAAAGAUUCAAGUAGUGAAAGAUCUUUGGGAAAAAAAUAUAAUUAUAACGAAGGUUCCUCUGAAUUGUUAUUAAGAAGAGAAAGAAUCAAAAUAGGUUUUUUUUUUAAGAAGAGAAAAACCAAAAACCUGGACGGAGCAUUUCCAUGAGGAAUAGCUGUAUAAUGAGGGAUAAUAAUAAAGAAUGAUAUAGCACACUUUAGUUAAAUUUACUCAUUUCGAUUUUUUCCUAUCAUCACAGUUAUCAAAACAAGCAUGAGAUAUAAGCGGAAUGAUAAGCGGACCGAGUUGAAAUAAUCUUAUUUGCAUCCGAUUCGAGAGAUUUUCCCUUGCUGCUAAACUUGAACUUCCUUUGCCUUAAUCAACAACGUAUGUUCCGUCCAAGUUAAUUUUUCUUUGAUCCGUAAUACAAAGCUCUUCAUACAAAUAUAUCUUAUAUAUAAUUUAUCUGUAUUUCGAAAAAAUAAUUUUUUGAUCUUGUAUGAA